AUGUCGACUUCAUCUGAACCAGGAACUCGCGGCAAUCUUACCAUUGAGCAGAAGCGCAGUCUGCAGGAAGCUUGGGUUCAUCUGCUUCGCCUCUCUGGGCAGAAUGGUUCUCAUGAUGCACCCGAAAGGACGGGUGACUUUCUUCAUCAUCUGAAGAAUAAGUCGCCAGAGCACUUCAGUCACAGUCUCUGGGAGACCUUCCUAGCUGAUCAUCCCGACACCACUAUUCUUCGCUUCCUCCGCGCUAGAGACUUCGACGUCAUUAAAGCCGUUGAGAUGUUCGUCUCCUCCAUCAACUGGCGCGAGGAGCGACAAGUCCAAAAGACCAUCAUCGCCGGCGGUGAAGCAGUCGGUCUCAGGACGGACCUUACGUCUGACGAUGAAGCUUUCAUGGCGCAGUAUCGCUCUGGGAAGAGCUAUGUGAGAGGCACGGACAAGGACGACCAUCCAGUUUAUGUCAUCAGGGUCCGAUACCAUGAUCCUCAUAAGCAAACCGCUGAAGCUAUGGAGACGUAUGUCUUGCAUAAUAUUGAGACACUGAGGAUGAUGGCGCGAGAGCCUAAGGAUAAGGUCUGCCUCAUUUUUGAUCUCACUAGCUUUGGGCUUCGGAAUAUGGACUUUCAUGUCAUCAAGUUUCUGAUUGACGUUUUGGAGACGAGAUAUCCCGAGACUUUGGGUGUUGUUCUUGUUCACAACGCGCCAUUUGUAUUUUGGGGCGUUUGGACCGUCAUCAAGCACUGGCUAGACCCAGUCGUCGCAUCAAAGAUCCACUUCACAAACGGCACAAAGGGUCUCCUCAAGUUCAUACCCAAGAGCAACCUGCAGAAGUCCUACGGCGGUGAAGACCCUUGGGAGUACAAAUACGUCGACCCAGUGCCUGGUGAAAACGAGCGCAUGCAGUCAGAAGAGAAGAAGACCAAGAUCCAGCUUGAGCGACAAGAGUUGAUUGACCAAUUCACUCAAUUGACUACAGAAUGGAUUGCUACAGAGGGAGAUGCAGAGGUGGGCGCAAGACGCGAUGAGUUGGCCCAAUUGCUUCAGCUCAAUUACUGGAAGCUUGAUCCGACCGUGUCUUCACCUGAACUUUCUGGUGAACUUGUUCAGCUUUUGGAGAAGCAUAAUCUUGCGCUUGUUCCUAGAUCUGAACUUACGGAUGCGCUCAAGGAGUUGAAUACUUUGCUCAAGAGCAAUGCGAUUCCUAGAGCGCCUGUUCUUGUUAGACGACAGAAUGGCACGGCUAAGGCUGGGUCAAAGUCUGGGGACUCGGAUGAUGAUUCAGAUGAUGGCAGCUCUAGAAUCGCGGCCAUUCCAGGGCUAGAUGGUCUUGGAGAUCUGGGCGAUGGUCUCAAGGGUCUCACUGGUGCCCUGGGAGAUGUCAAAGACCUCUUCAAAGCUUUAGGUGAUCUCCUCUCGCCAGAGUUUCUCCAGGCUUUCCAUGAUGCCAUGGUAUAUCUCGCCGCAACACUCAAACCACCCGCGCCAAACCAAGUCAGAAACCUUCUCGCCAAGGCCGGACCACUCCUCGACCUGGUCGGCGAACUCAACCUGAAAGAUCUCGUCAAAGAGAUCCAAGGCGUCGACAUCGCUGGCAUUGUAUCCAAGGUUCUCAAACUCCUCACAGACGACAACCUCAAGAACAUCAACGGUCUUCUCAACAACGGCGCAACCCUCCUCACGCCCGAGUUUGUCAAACAGACCAAGGGCCUUAUCGGCGACGUCGCGCCUGUUCUCGACGAGGUCGCUCCCCUUCUCAAGAAACUCACCAAACUUGACAUUGAGGGCAUCCUCACAGCUCUAGACCCCCUCCUCAAGAAGGAGUCUAUCCAGGGCAUUGUUACUCUUCUUAAGAACGCUGGCGAUCUCUUGACAGCCAAGACUGUUGAUGAGAUCCAGGAUCUUCUUGGUGAAGUCAGCCCCAUCAUCAAGGACAUCACACCUCUUCUCAAGCAACUCACCAAACUCAACCUUGAAGAAGUCUUGAAAGCACUGCAGCCGCUUCUCAAGGAUGAUUCCAUCAAGGGUAUAUUGAGUCUGUUGAAAAAUGCGGAAAGUCUUUUGACGCCCAAGUUUGUCGAUCAGACUCAGGAUCUUAUCGGUGCUGCGUCACCUUUGAUCUCUAAGCUCGACGACGUUGAUCUGAAGGGUGUUCUCGACGCUCUAAGCCCCAUUCUUAAGAAGGAUGCUAUCCAAGGUCUCGUUGGACUGCUCAACAAUGCAGAAGACCUCCUGACCAAGGAAACCGUGAAGAGCAUCAAGACACUCCUCACUGAAGCAUCACCGCUGAUCGAGAAGUUGUCUGAUGUUGACCUCAAGGGUGUCUUGGAUGCCUUGAGCCCGAUCCUGAAGAAGGAAGCUAUCCAGGGUCUUGUCCAGCUUUUGAAUAACGCUGAGGACUUAUUGUCCAAGGACACUGUCAAGGCUAUCAAGGUUCUGCUCAAACAGGCGUCGCCGCUGAUUGACAAACUAGGCGACAUUGAUCUCAAGGGUUUGUUGGAUGCUCUUAGUCCCCUUCUCAAGAAGGAAGCUAUCCAAGGCCUGGUCGGCCUGCUUGGUAAUGCCGAGGACUUGUUGUCGAAGGAGACGGUCAAAAGUAUCAAGGUAUUACUCAAGCAAGCAUCACCUCUGAUUGACAAGCUUGGCGACCUUGAUAUCAAGGGCAUACUGGAUGCCUUAAGUCCUCUCCUGAAGAAGGAUGCCAUCCAGGGUCUAGUGGGAUUGCUCAACAACGCUGAAGACCUGCUCUCUAAGGAGACGGUCAAGAACAUCAAGACUCUCCUCCAGAGCGCUGGACCGUUGAUCAACAGCCUUGGCAAGAUCGACUUGGCCGGUGUUCUCGACUCGUUACGACCUUUGCUGACCAAGGACUCUGUCAAGGGUCUGGUCAGCCUUCUUGGUAACGCCGAGAACUUGCUCACGAAGGAUUUCGUGUCUCAGACCAAGUCGCUUAUUUCCAAGGCAUCACCUCUUCUCGACAGCCUUGAUGACGCCGACAUCAAGGGUCUACUGGACCAAGUUGGUCCUCUUCUGAAGGAAGUUGGCAAGCUGAAGCUCGAAGACAUUCUUAGCGCAGUGCGACCGCUGCUCACGAAGAACUCUAUCAACGGUAUCAUUGGUCUGCUCAAUAAUGCGGAGAAUCUUCUUACCAAGGACUUUGUUUCGCAGACUAAACUGUUGAUCGCCAAGGCUGCACCUUUGCUGAGCAGCUUGGACAAGGCAGACCUCAAGGGCUUGCUCGACCAAGUCGGUCCUUUGCUGAAACAAGUCGGCAAACUGAAGCUUGAUGAGAUUCUGGCUGCUGUUCAGCCUCUCCUCACCAAGGACUCUAUCAAGGGUAUUGUUGGAUUGCUUGACAACGCCGAGGACCUUCUUACCAAGGACUUUGUUUCCCAAACAAAGGGUCUCAUCUCCAAGGCUUCGCCACUCCUUACGAGCCUUUCCAAGUUGGAUCUUGAGGACCUGUUGGAUCAAGUUGGUCCACUUCUCAAGAUGCUCGGCAAGCUGGAUCUCGAAGGUCUCCUCAGCGCCGUGGCACCGUUACUCACGAAGGACUCUGUCAAGGGUAUCGUGGGACUCCUGGGUAACGCAGAGGACUUGUUGACGAGUAAAUUCGUCAAUGAGACUCAGACGCUUAUCACCGGUGCUGUACCUUUGAUCUCCUCGCUCAGUGAAGCGGACCUUCCUGAUCUCAUCGACCAAGUCUCGCCUUUGCUGAAAGAACUUGGCAAGAUCGAUCUUGGUAAACUCAUCAAGAAACUCGCGCCAUUGCUCGAUGAGAUUGCCGAUGUCGACAUCAAGGGCCUACUCGACGCCGUUGCGCCUUUACUUUCACCAAAGGGUAUUAAGGGCAUCAUUGGUCUUCUUGGCAAUGCAGAGGAUCUGCUCACGCCCAAGUUCGUCAACCAAACGCAGACCCUCAUCGGUGAUGCUGUACCUUUGGUGUCGGCUCUGGGCGACAUCGAUCUUAAGAAGCUCAUCAAACAACUCUCGCCUCUUCUCGAAGCGUUGGGCGAGAUUGACUUUGGCGAUUUGAUCAAGAAGGUCAAGCCUCUUCUUAAUGCGCUCUCGAAGAUUGAUCUCGCUAAGCUGAUUAGCAAGAUCAUGCCGCUACUAGAUUCUCUAGAUGACAUUGAUCUCGAAGGCUUAAUUGAAGCAAUCAAACCUUUGUUAACGCCCAAGUCUGUCAAGGGAAUUGUCGGAUUAGUUGACAACGCGGGAGAUCUUCUCAGCGACAAAUUCGUCAACCAAACCCACACCCUUAUCUCAGGCGCAGUACCACUGAUCGAAGUCCUGAACAAGGUCGAUCUAGAAAGUCUCUUCGAAAUCAUCGAGCCUAUCCUCGAAGAGCUCGAUGGCCUUGACCUUUCUGGCCUCGUCGACGCGAUCAAGCCUCUGCUCAAUGCACUGAAGAAGAUUGACAUCAAGGGCAUAAUCGACCAGAUCAUGCCAUUCCUCACGCCUAACACUAUCAAGGGCUUGAUAUCGCUGGUUGGCAAUGCGGAGAAUUUGCUUAGCAAGACUUUUGUGAAUCAAGUAUCGGAACUCAUUGGAGAUGCGACACCGCUUGUUGCCACUGUUGCGGAUUUAGUACAUGCUAUUCUGAAGGAGCUUAUGGGUCGGACGUAA